GCGCCGAUGUUCGGUCUCUCCCUGCGGCUACCUUCUCGUCAGAAACCCUACGCAAGAAGCAGGCGGAGGUAGCUCAAGAUGGUGCAGCGUCUCACAUAUCGCAAGCGUCACAGCUAUGCUACCAAAUCCAACCAACAUAGGGUUGUCAAAACCCCAGGUGGUAAGCUCAUUUAUCAGAGCACUAAGAAGAGGGCCAGCGGCCCCAAGUGCCCUGUCACAGGCAAGAGGAUUCAAGGGAUUCCACACUUGAGGCCUGCUGAAUACAAGAGAUCAAGGUUACCUAGAAACCGAAGGACUGUGAACCGUGCAUAUGGUGGAGUUUUGUCUGGAGGUGCCGUUAGAGAAAGGAUCAUCCGAGCCUUCUUGGUUGAAGAGCAAAAGAUUGUGAAAAAGGUGUUGAAGAUUCAGAAGGCUAAGGAAAAGCAAGCCUUGAAGGGUUAAAGCUUGGGCAAAGAGCAAGAUAAGGAUCUUUUUUGAGGAUUUUUAGGCUUGGGUGAUUAUAAAUAUCACAAUAUUUUAUUAGAGUCUUUCCCAUGUGGGGAUUAUGUUUCUUUUGCAUGUUUGAACUCAUUCUAGAGCAAUUAACUUUGUCGACAACUCCAUUAUGAUACAGUUUUGUCUCAGUUUCCUCUCA